AAGCAACCUACGCUACUAUGCAUUGUCAGCCUUUGAACUACAUUAAAUAUGCUUCUCCAGAAGCUUGAUACUUUAACUGGUGUUAUCUCCCGUAUAAUUCGCUACGUGAUAAUGUUGGGUGCUCCGAUGUGAGCUCGAAAAUAUGGUUUUAGAAGGUAAAGGGAUAUUAUCGUAGUUUCAUUCGCGAGUGUGAUAUCCUGAAUUGCUAAACAUACCGUACGAAUUAAAGUUGUUUACAACUAUGGAGAGUUGGAUCUGAAAUCGUCCCUACUACCUUUUCAGUGUAAUAUUGUCUUAAGCAAUAUGUACAUAAAUUUGAUGGGCAUGUUAUAAAAUUGCUAUUCAGCUAGUUUCACGCACCGAAAAAGAAAUCUGUUGCGCAAACAAUAAUGUAUCAUAAUUGCGUGAUUAAUCAUGAUCGUAAGACUAUUUAUAUCAGCAUUUCUGGAAGUCUCUUUAGCAAACUAAACUUUCAAAGUAUUUUAUGUCGUAUCAUGUUAUUCUUACCAGAUAAUUUUGCUACAACGAUCCAUAAGUGCAACUGAUGCAAGUGUAAUCAAACCGUAAUUAUGGGACAUAUUACUGAGUCUUUUUUUGCUGUACGACUGGUGUGAAAGUAGCAAUUAAACAAUCUGGCAUUACUAAAUAUAUCUUCCUGCUCCUAAAGACUAUUUUUACAUCUCAACUCAAUAUAAUGUUCAAGCACAUUAGUGUCCAAAAUUAUCUAGCUCUGACUUAAUAGUCUAGAUAUUCAGCUAACAGAUUAUUGUUCAGAUCCUACAUCUUUCUGGUUUGGUAAGUAAAGUAACUGCCCUUCAGUGUAGUGAGCGAUCGUAUAUAUAGUUAGCCCAGUAAUAGUUGGUACUUUGUUGUGGUAAUCAGGGUUGACUGUCGUGACGAAUCAGUCGGGCUACGCCCCUAAAUGCCCUAGUACGGCCGAGAGUGCGGAGUCAGCUCUUCCUCUCGAAAUGUUCUCACAUGGCCACGCGUAUACAACCACUGCCAGGGAAGUCCUACUCACUGCCUUUUCGUGAAGUGGGUGUUGUUUACGAAACUGAGAGGACGAAAAGCGAAUGUCUGGCACUUUAAUCGGGUUGGUGGGUAUGGAGAGUCCACCUAGGGGAAUUGAAAAACCCUGAUUCCAAACCAAUGGUGCCUAUGGGCUCCAGGAUCCAAAGAGAACAAGUGGUGUUAAUCACCGAUUACCAUGGGACUGCAUCUCCUAAUGUUGCCCCACUGUCUUGUGGAUUAAUCCUGUAGGUCAAAGGCUCGGGGAGCGAAGCCUGAAGGAAACUAUCUGCUUUGUUUUUGGCUCUCGGGAAGUAUUUCAGACCUAGUGCAAGUCGAAUGACCUGUGGCGCAUAUAUAUUUGGCGCCUUCUUGUACCAAUGUGUUUAAAUAGAUGGUUUAAAGUAAGCACUGUGUUUACUACUAGAUUAGGAAAUAUAUUGUGACAGCUGCUGUUUUACUUAAGAUUGCCCAAAAGCAUUUAUCAACAACGAGGUUUCAUGUGUUGUAUAGCUUGAGUUGAAACGGCUUUCCGUUUAUUUAGUGAUGGAUAUGGAACUCAAUUCAUUGACUUAAACACAUCUUUUUAUAUUUCAUUUGACUGUUUUCUCAUAAGUAGCAAAGUAGUGAACUUAUAGGAUCAGGUAAUAUAUGUAAUAUUCGUCAGGUUAGUUUUUCAGCUGUUCAUUAAGUCUACGCGGUUUUAAAUAUUUCGAGCACUGUUCAAAACCUAUCGCGUUCUGUACCAUUAUUCCCGAUGGCCUGUUUUCAGAUGAAGGUUUUGCACGAACUCAGGAAGGUUGAUUGGCCUUUGCUAACUUGCAUCACUCGUACCGUAGGUUAGACGUCCGUUUAUCAACCAAAGGACGGGUUGCAUUUCGCUCUGACCAACUUUAUGUGUGUGUAGCGCGACCACUAAGGAUCUAGGAUAUUCGUAGACUACUAGUAUUUGCCCAUAUAUGACUCCAAAGCACCCCUCGUGUAUUUUAAGAAUGCAUGGUUUAGGAUACUGGGUUAAAUAUGGCAAAUCGAUUGAUCCUGUAGUCUCCGUCAACUGAGGUGGCUGGGACGUGUAUUACAUAUGCUUACCUCGACGGGGGAUGUCUAGUGUAGGGGUAGGUUGGAAGAAAGCUAGGAGCAUCCAAAACAAGACAUAGCACCAAUCUAUGAAGUUAGUUGUACUGGGCCAUGUUAAUAGGUGUAGGCUACCAGGCUGGGUGCAAAAUGUUUACCACAAUUAAUGGUUAGAGACUGAAUGACAUUUCUAGGAAUCGUUUACAAUGCUACAUUUACAUUCGCUCCUUGUUUUUAGGACCUGAGUCCCGAAAUCUUAUUACUAUUUUUCUUUUCCUAUGCUUAGUCUUCUGUCGAUGCUGAUACUGUUACUACUUCUACUACUCUCGAAUUUACUUUGAUACGAUUUGAUCUCAUCGUGCUGAUGUGGCAAGGUAGCUUAAAACUAUGCACAUGUGUCAGCUUCUACGUUGUAUAUGACUCACUGACUCGAAAAUUUAGUUCUAAACGUUUUUUCAACUAGAGAAAAUGAAUGUUCAAACUCAAGACUUGACAGUAAUUGAAGUAAAUGAGUAGUAGUAGCCUUAGUUGUUUGAACGAAAAUAAUCUGGUAGCUGGAUUUUGAGCUAUCAGCAUGACAACUGCUUAAAGGUAUUUGGUAACAGUUUUAAGUGUAUGAUGGUAUCGUAAAUACACUUACAAGUAAACAAACCCCAAGUAACCUACUUUUCUGUUCUUUCAUAUCUAUUGCUUUACGCCAGUCAGUCAGUAAGGUAUAUGCAACCUAGAAUCUGACACUUGUGCCGUAUGGCUGUAUCGGUUGUUUUUAAAUUCGCUGUAUGUAAUUUUGUUAUUCUAAUAUAUUCCUGUACAUAUUUGUAUAUUUACAUGUUUAGGUACUGUAUUAAAAUGAACUGAUGCGGUUAACUGGCUUUCAGAUGCCCCUAUCACUACUACCACCAGUAUAUCCAUCAAAAUCACGAGACUCCUUAAACUUAAGUACAGAAAUUCAUCAGCCUCCUGAAUCAGGAGAAAAGAUUAGUAGUGCUGCUAGUGAAGCUGCUUUACAUAGAUGCAGAUUAUAUGAAUUGCGCCAGACGUUCUUGGGGAUCUCUACUUCAAAAGACCCUUGUCCGCAUUGUCAGACAGGAAUCUCUACGUGUACAUAUGUGAGCACAGAUAAUCACUCUUUUUAUACCAGCCCCGUGGGUAGUUUAGGGUGCACUGUUUUAAAUUCAGCAAGGUUUGACCAUGGUCCUUCCAUUUAUGUAAGUACCCCUGAUAUUGAUUGUCUUUCUUCUGCCACUGAAUCAGACAAACUUCGUGAAUCUGUAAAUACGUACCAUAAAACUACUCAGAAGCAGCCUUCACUAAGCUAUUAUCCUAAUGUUGAAUACGAUCAACUUGAUACGGCUGAUCAACUUCCAAGUCCUAAUUAUUCAUCCUUUAUUUAUUCAAAUCCUCUUACAUCAUGUGAAAAAUCUGCGUCUAUAGAAUCUUCAUUGUCUGGGAAAUUUACAGCAAAGCCCAGUUUAUUUAUCAGUGAGGCUGGGUUUUGUCCUUUAACUCCAGAAGCCGUUCAUUUAUCCUCAAACGAGUUCGCAGAAAGUUCUAGUCCCUCAAAUUCGGACUGUUCUCAUGAAUAUUUUGCAUCCAAUGAGAAUCUAAACUGUCCGAAGUCCAACAUUAAUAUUACUAGUUUGAAAGAUGUAGCAUGGUUAUCUGAACAGUGUAAAAAGAGUGAGGAUAUCCAAAGUUUUUCGCAUCGAUUUAAUAGCAAAAGUUCGGAACCAAGGCACCGGUUUAAUAAAGGUAAAGGUGCAUGUGAUCAAUUGAACCCAAAUUUACAUCAUUCAACAACUAGUUGUUUACCUAUGUCAAACCCUUCAACUAAAGACACAAGAAAGUCAGACCGGGUUAACAGUUAUAAUUUUAAGACUAUCCAAUCACAUGAUUUACAUAGAGAUGAUACAAGUGAUUGUUCUGUAUCUAUAGAUAGAAUAAAUAAAUACGAUUUUCCUUACCAAAAAAAAUAUGCACCUAUUUUGCCUGCUAAUCUCGAGCUUAGCACAACACAUUCACAUUGUGAUGACUCACAGCUUCGUUCAUCAACUAAGUCUGUGAUUGGUCGCUGUUUUUCGGUCUCACCCAACCAUCGGUUGUCACACUCAUUAUCUGUUUCUCGGGCCAAUCAAAGUAAUGCAAGGGUUGAUAUGAGUGAAAAAGUUUGCACAAUGGAUAACUCAAACAGCUUCACAAACGGACGUAUUUUUAACAAAUAUUUUUAUGAUGAUACACAAAAUCAUAUAACACCGUCAAACCAACCUUCAUCGUGUUCUUCAGUGCCCUAUAAGACAGAUCAGAAAAGAAAAAGUUCUGAAUCACUUUCUUUGAGCGAUACUCAAGAUAUAAUGUAUUUAUAUUCAUAUGGACAUAAUAAUAGUGGUAAAUACAGGAAACAAACAAGUGGACAAAGUAAUCAACCGAAAAGCAAUUACAAUCAGAUGCGUGUCGACUCUAUACUAGAAAAGCAAGACAUAUCGAAAAAAUGUACUAAGCCAGUGUCAAGAAUUACUGCGGAAUGCGACGUCUUUCAGCGGAGUCUUGAACCUAAAAAUAUCCCCGCAGAACAAUCUAGAUCGCAUAGAAACCAGAAUAAAACCUCUUUACAGAAUAGUAUUAUGAUUAGUGUUUCAAAUCAAAGCAGACAAUUAGCUUUGGCACAGGCACAUGCAUUAAAAUGUACUGACGAAGAUGUGAUUUCUUUUGGAACUAGUUUAUCAUCAUUACCAUCCUCAGCGUUAUCAUCUUUUUGUCCAGGUGACACUUCUCUGGUUACUGCUCAUUCUCGUAACAUUGGUCGCUUGAACGUGACUCUACCUGGUCUUGCAGUCAAUCAUUUGUCUAAUAGUCAUCACUCAUCCGACUGUUCAACGCGUGGUUCAAUAUCUUAUCAGUCUAAUAGUAAUCAUAAUCCAAAGUCACAAAACCCAAAUUUUAGAGGUACUGUCACAGGAGAUGUUUGUAAGCGACGUCAUGGGAGAUUGAAUACUGAAUCCUCUAAAAGUUGUAAAAACAGAAUAGAGAUAUCUGAAAGCUCUUCUAGUCAAUCGCUUUCUCCAUCGUAUGCCAAUGUAUUACUUCCUGCUCAGUCAUUUGAUUUGUCAUCGGGAUUUCCUUCUUCAGAUAAUCUGUCUACUAAUAGGAAUUUAGAUACCAUUAAUAAGCGCUCACCACGACCUUCAUCAGACCAUUCAAGAACCUAUCAAAAAACGCAGGAUUUGGAGAGAAAAAGUAUGCGUAAAAGUAAUUCUCGACAUAAUUUCAAGCCUGUAAAUAAGGAAUCUCAAAUCCACAAUCUCGUUCCUUCAAAAGUUUGUCGUGUUGGUCAAUACAUAUCUGGGUCUUCUUCACUAUUAUCUGUAAGUAAUCCGGAUGACAUAAAUGAUCCUAAAAAGUCUCCUGUAUAUGUAAGUAAGGAUACACGAGAAUAUGACUAUAUCAGAAAAGACCAUAGAAAAAUCUCAAAGUUGGCUGCAAAAAUAUCUCAUUAUCUGGAAAAUGGUAGGGAGGCAGAGGUUAAAAACUUUGUGAAUAAAAUACUACGUAAACCCGAAUCAAGGCGCGUUGUUGAUGAAUUGAUACGUUUAUGUGGAAAUAAUCUUCACAAAGUUCUCAAUCUUAAUCAAAUGGAGACACUGGAGAAUUUGCAGAAAAAUUCAACUCCUUUGAUUCACCUUGGAGCCUCACUUUCUGACUUAAGGACGUCGUACACGCUUGAUUUCGUCCCGUACAUGAAUGUCGAUUCACAUAGACGAGGUAGUUGUGGAAGCGUACUGUCUUCGCCUUGGAAUAUCACCUCUUACGAUCGUUCUUGGGCUCCUGCGUCACAUAAUCGGUCUACUCUUGGGUGUCCCAAUAAAUUAUCACCGUUUCAGAGAAAACGUACUUCCUUAUACUCACCUAAUACUAUUCGUUACAUUAAGUGGCCUUCUAGUGGAUGUAUUCGAAGCAAACCACCUUCACUGCCACCUCCACCUCCUCCUGUACCUCCAGUUUUGCUUAAAACAACAAUUUUACCACCGGAUGAUCGAAUUCGUGUUAUAGAUAUGCAUGCAAUUGAAGUUACUAAUCGCGUUCAUAUGACAUUCUCUGAACUGAUUUCUGAUCUGACCACUGGUAUAGAUAACGAAGUUGAAGUUAUACGUUCCCUUUAUCGAUGGACUACUGGUAAGGAUACCAGAUAUGAAGAUUAUGAUCCAGAAGCUCCAUCUGAUUCAUUGAUUGGGAUGUUGAGACAGAUGAAAUAUAAUCAGUUAUCGCGUAAUGAAUUAUUUUAUGAACUAUGCCGGUAUGCUGGAUUACAAUGUCAAUAUAUAACUGGUUAUUCUAAAGGUGCUGGAUAUCGUCCAGGCAUGCCAAUUAAAGAUAAUCAACUGUUUCGUAAUACUUGGCUUGCAGUGUACAUUUGUGAUGGUUGGCGUUUUGUAAAUUGUAAUUGGGGUGCUCGGUAUUUAUCGGAAAAUUUACCAGACGGUCGUUCGUCUUCAUCUGAAUGUGAUGAAUUUUAUUUUCUAACUGAUCCAGAACAACAUGUUUUUGAGAAUUUACCUGAUUUAAAAGUAUGGCAGCUAUUACGCAAACCAUUGAGUAUGGAUCGAUUCUGUCACUUACCACUACUUAAAUCGCCAUUUUUCAAUGCUAAUCUAUUUUUGAAAAAGAAUUAUUCCGAUUGUUUAGUUACCAAAAAUGGACAGGUGAGUGUAAAAAUAAAAAUGUCGAGAUUUGUUGGCAUUUCCUGCAGCUUAGAAAACUGUGCCGAUCAUAGUAUUCUGUUAGGGUUAUGCUUAGUCGAAAUCCUGUUACGACCAUCAGGUACUGUACGCAUUGAAGCUGCUCCAUCACAACCAGGAAAGUAUUAUUUGAACGUUUAUGUUUCACCUGAUUGGCGGCGUGAAGACAUCAGGGAAUUGGCAUGUUCAUUUCAGAUUCAUUGCUCAGAAUAUAAUUAUUCUCGUCUAGUUGUGACUGGUCGAUUGCCUGAAGUUGGCUUUCUUGGUCGUACACCUGCUUCAGAAGUGCAUGGCGUACUAAUGGUACCAGAAGGUGAUGCGUCAGAUGGUCGACCAUACAUUGUACACAAUGAUCCAAGACCUCUGAAAAUUCCUUUUGCCAUUGCUCCUGGUUUAAAGCUAUGCCACCAAUUAAAAUCGUUUGAUCGACCAGGUCAUCAAAUGGCAGAUUGUGAUAGUUAUGCAUUGCUUCAAAUGAAACCAAACCAUCAUAGUAGUAUUACACAUUCAAAGCCAUUCAAAUCUCAGGCUAAUGCCUAUUAUAACGUUCGUCUACCUGUACAAGCAUUUUACUACUUGACUAUUUAUGCUUUUAAUGAAAAUAAUAUUGUCAAAGAUCAUCUAGACUGUGUGUAUCGUAUUUUAAUUGAUGCACGUAACUGUCGUUCUUCUGAGUUAAUUCAGGCUUAUCCGCGUCAAACAUUUUGGUGGGUUCAGUGUCGAUUAAUUGAACCUAAACAUCAGCAUUUAUUCAUUAACCGAAAUUAUAAAUUCUGUCUAGACGCUCCUCAAUGUGAUUCUGUAGCUGUUGUAAUCAAUGGAUCAGAAUGGCACUUCCUUACUCCAUCUUCACCAAUAUCACCAUCUAAACUCCAUUCACCAUCUGGCAGUAAUCAUCAUGGUCGUUGGAGUGGUAAAGUUUAUACUGGCAAAUGCUUGGGACAGUUAUCUGUGUUUGGACGUAUACCUCAUAUUAAUAAAUUUAAGGAGAUAAGUUUAGAAAAUGAAUGCAGAAUAAUUAAUGAUACCAUGCAUGGGGGUUAUAAUGGUAAUGACCAUGCAAAUAAUACUGAUACUACUACUACUAAUAAUAAUAAUAACGAUGAAGAUGAUGAAGAAAAUUCCUAUAUUAAACUUUUAGAUUAUAUUCUCGUUCAAAAAGAAUUGUUUAGCUAACAGUUUGUUUAAGUCUACUAAUAAUUAUCUUUACAGUUUAUAACAUCUAAUCAAACUGAACACUUCCAUUUCCUGUGGAUAUUACUUUUUUUUAUUACCAAUUAUAUUCUUCAGAGUAGCUCAACUGUUAAUACUACGUGUUUCAAAGUACAGUAGUUAGUAAUAAUCACAUUUAUUAUGUAAUAGUUGAAUAUAUUUUGUGAUUUCCUUACUUCCACUAUUUAUUUUGUGUUUAUUUAAAUGUCUUGAAAAAGAAAUAAUUAAAAUUAUGCUCUCACAAUUAUUCUUCCACUUAUAUGUGAUAAAAUUUACUAGUUGUUUUUUAUUUAUUAACAUUUAUUUAUUUACUUUUAUUUUGUUAUCGACUAGCUAUUUUGCGUGUAUUUAGUAGUUUUACGUCAGUUUUAUUCCUUUUGGAAAGAGAUACAUAUUAAAGUAUAAUAUGCAAGGAGAGAGAGAAGGAGAAUAACAAAAAAAAAUUGUUGACUUUUGAUUGUAUUAAUUACGCUUCAUUAUUUCUUUUUGUUUGUGAGAAAAUUUAUUCCACUAACUGACUAAAGUAUGAUGGAGAUUUUUUCCCAUUUCUAGUUGAUUAGUUUGGUUUCCAAGUCGAUUGAUUUCCUUCUUUAGUGGUUAGUAAAAAUAUUGCAUUAAACAAUAAAAAUCACUUGUUUUCUUUUGAUUGACACAAUCUGAACUUCAAUCGACUCUCAAUGAGUAUGCACAAUAUAGCAGUUAUCUAG